CUUGAGAUAUAAUAAGCAAUUAAGAUAAAACAUUUUAGGGUCUUUUAAAAUGUACAAAACUUUUCUUGGGGAAAAAGGGGAUUUGAAUAUAUUUAACAGAUUCGGUUAAUACCAUAUCAUUUAGUAAAAUAAAAACGUUAUCACAACAAUAUAGAUUUUUUUUAAAUAGUUUUUAUUAUUAUUAUCUUCAAGUCUCUUUCGGCUAACUUCGGCUUUCGGUCAAGUCUGAACUCUUUCACCACGAUAAUGCAUCCUGGAAACGCCAGUGAAUUAGUGGAUGCGGAGGACGUGGCGAGAGAUGACCUUCUUGCCCGGGUGGAGAUAGCGCUGCUCAGUGUCAUCUUCGUCAGUGCCUCCAUCCUCAACACCGGCCUGCUUCUCGUCCUGUGGAGACAGCGCAAACAGAUGACCAGGAUGCGCGUCUUCGUCUUCCACUUGUGCUUGGCGGACCUUGUGGUCGCUUUCUUCCAGGUGUGCCCGCAGCUCAUGUGGGACAUCACAGACAGAUUCGUCGGACCAGACCUGGUGUGCCGCCUGGUGAAGUACCUGCAAGUACUCGGGAUGUUUUCAUCGACUUACAUGAUUGUGGUGAUGACUGUUGACAGAUAUCAAGCUGUCUGCAACCCAAUGGUGAAGUUUCAGCGGACGCGCACGAGACUGAACAUCCCUGUGAUCAUCGCGUGGGGGAUUUCGCUGCUGGGCAGUCUGCCUCAGAUUUUUAUCUUCUCACGGGUCGAGGUUGCACCUGGUGUGUUUGACUGCUGGGCUAAAUUCAUCCAGCCAUGGGGGCUUCAGACUUAUAUAACCUGGACCACGCUAGUCAUUUUUAUUUUACCUGUUGUUACAGUCCUUGUUUGCCAAGUGCGCAUCUGUCGAGCCAUCCAUGUUAACCUAUACCAAAAGAUUACACAGCAGAGCAGCGUGAAUCUCCCACUGCCCCCCAGAGCCAGCGGCGUGGCCGGCAUGUCAAAGGCCAGAGUGAAGACACUGAAAAUGACGGUCGUUAUCGUGGUGGUUUAUAUUGUCUGCUGGGCUCCAUUCUUCACUGUCCAGCUCUGGUCCGCCUGGGACUCAGAUGCGCCAAAAGAAACUGCGACUUUCACCAUCCUGAUGCUGCUGGCCAGUCUGAACAGCUGCGCAAAUCCCUGCAUUUACAUGCUUUUCAGUGGACAGUUUCCCCAGAGGCUGCUCACACUCCUUUGCCAGAGACAUACGGGGGGUAAGGAUUCAAUACAUGACGAUGCGACGCUGGUCAGCACGUUAUACAUGAGCUUUAGGAAUGUCUCUGAUUCUAAAUAACGUUAACGCGUUUACUGUAACAAAAAAUUAUAUAUAAAUAAAGCGGACUGUAAAUACAAAUGGCCUCUCUGCGUGGGGAAGCUGCUUUUGAACGACUGUUCUUCUGAACAGGAUAUAAGAGACAAGACAAAUUGUGUCUAUGUUUCUGUGACAUAUGAAAACAUGACAUGUCUUAGAAGCGUUCACUCAAUAAAAGCAUGUGACUGGGAGUGAGUUCUUCAGAUGUUGAAAAAUGACGCAAGAUCUUCGUCAAGUUCUGUUGGAUUGUAGCACCUGUGCUCUUCGAGAAAGCAAAUAAUCUGUUCAGACUGUAAACAAUCAUCAUGUAGUAGGCUAAUGACUACGACAGUUUGGAUGUGAAAUAAGACAUAUUUAUUAUAUUUAACAGAAGCCUAAUUUGGACUUUAGUAAAACUGCGGAUAAAUAGGAGCUUAGCAAUUCAAUUGAAAUGUUAUGUUGUGUGUUAUGCUGUUUUUGUUGAUCAAAUUCAACCACCGGCUUUUAAGUUGAGGUCAGAGACUGUAACAGAAGUUUAGCUGUGUCUGUAGCUUGUAGUUUUUCUUGCUUAACACUUUAACUAAGUGAUAAAGCAAGAAAAACUGUGUCACAUGGGAAAAACAAAUUGUUUAAAGCAUAAAAUGCAAAUAAGGGGCCUGAGACAAAACAGGAACCAGCACAAAGUUGUUGUAACGUACCUGCACUAUGAAAUACAUUUUGACUUCUAUAAGUAUUAUCUGUUGUGUUUUCUGUGUUAAAAUCACACAAUCAGUGACAGUAUGUGAUAUACAAUAAAUAAAGUCAUGUUGUAACAGAG